UCUCAAACUGAAACAGUGAAACUUCAACCAGGGAGGCGCAAGCGCCGCUGAAGCGGGCAGUGGCGCAAGCAGUGGGAGGCAAUAUAGCUUGGAAAAGCUUGCUUUUAUUGCAUGAUCGUCAGCAUCUUGAGAGAGCCUUCUGGUUGGCAGUGGUUGCCCAAGAAGGCAGCCUUCUGCGGGUUCGCAAAGAGGCUGAGCUGAGGACUUCUGCACUUUUUUGGCGAUCAGUCUGGCAACAUGUAUAAUGGGAUCGGGCUACAGACGGCUCGGGGCUCAGGAACAAACGGAUAUGUGCAGGCAAACAAGUUCCUGGUGCGGCACAGGCAAACCAAGAUUGAGCGCAGGGAUUUUGCGGAUGGUCAGGGGCAAGGUGGUGUCUUGAGGAAGGCCAACAAGGACAUUCUGGACCAUGAAAAGAAAAGGCAGAUUGAGCUCAAGAUUUUAAUGCUUCAGGAAUCUUUGGAGGAGGAGGGUUAUGACGAAGAAGAGAUCGAGAAGAAGGUGGAUGAGUUGCGGCAGGAGCUCGAAGCUGCCAAUGCUGAAGUGGUUGUGGAAGAUGCGGCGUUCAUGGCCCAGGAGACGCAUCAGAUUGCCAUGAGGAAAGAGAAGAAGAUGGAGGUUUUCAAGAAUGCGCUGGGGCUUGAGAAUGUGCGGGAGGGUGAGGCGUUUGACCGGGAUCUUCAGGAGCAGAAGAAGCUCGAGAGGAUUGCAGAGCGAGAAGCGAAGAAGGAAGAGGAGAGGAUACUGAAGGAGGCUGAGGAGAAGGCGAAGAAAGAUGCAGAGAAGGCGGCCAAGCGGAAGGCAAAGGAGGAAAAGAAGGAGAAGAAGCGCUUGGCUCGCGAGCUGGAGCGGCAGAAGGAGAGGGAAGAGCGGAGGCUGAGGAAGGAGAAGAAAGCCGCGGCAAAGCGGGCUGCUGAGGAAGAGGCGGAGCGGCUGGCCCUUGAAGCAAAGAAGGCGGAAGAGGCAGCAAAACAACUCAGGGGGGAAGACAGGUGGCAGCUUGAGGAUGAGCCGAAGAAUGGCAGAGCGGGGACGGACAAAAGACGAAGGUACGACAGCGAAGAAGAGGAAGUGGGGGAAAGGAGUGGCAAGGCUAGAUCGGGACGGAAGGAUGAUGAUGAGAUUGCAAGGAGCAAAAAGGGGAGGGGCAGAAAGGAGAGCAAGGGGCGAAAAGAAGACGCUCGCUCAGCAGCCAAGUCGGGAGAGAAGUCACGUGGGAGGGACGAACGAAGGAAGACGGGCCGCUACGACAGCGAGUCAGAGAGCGAGUCAGAGCUCUCCUCGAGCGAGAGCGAGCUGAGCGAGAGCGACCCUGAGAGCGAAAGAGAGGCUCUGCGGAAGAAGAAGCGAGCGGCGGCGCCGACAGCGCCAAUCAACGGGAAGAAAGUGAGGCACGACAGUCCCUCCGAAAUUGAACCUGAGGGGUCCAGGGGUAAGAACACUGAGGAGAGGGCAGUUGCAAGGCCCCAAGUCCGAAGCCCAGAAGAUCUGCCAAAGAGGGGGAGGUCAGCUGAGCGCGGGCGCAGAGCAGACACACCCCCCAGAAGGAAAGAAGCCUCGCCAGUCGUUUCGCCCGAGCGCUCCGUGAGCCCACCCCCAAGAAGAGAAGUGGAGAGGAGGCCUUCUCCAGCCGUUCAUCCGAGGGUGACCCGUUCCCCGCCACCGAGAAGGGAUCGGUCUCUGAGCAGAGACAUCCCUCCUCCGCCGAGAAGAGACAUUCGCAGGGAGUCCGGAUCGCCCCGCAGGAGCGUCAGCCCCCCGCCCAGGCGCAGGUUGUCUCCAGACAGGCGUGGCCGGUCCCCACCUAGGCGGGCUGCAUCGCCGUACCGCGGGGGCAGGCUCAGGCGGGAGAGUCCGCCCCCUCCCCGGGGGGGGAGGUUCCGCCACGACAGCCCCCCUGGACGUGGACGGAGGCCCUCUCCUUUCCGUGCAAGGUCCCCCCCCCGGAGGCGCUCGCCAGUGCCUAGGGGUUACGAUGAGCGUAGGAGGGGAGCGCGUGAUGAGUCCCCGGCCCGCGGCAGGAAUGGCCGGGAGGGGGGAAGGAGGGAGCGCUCCCCUCCUCGUAGGCGGAGCCCUUCGAGCUCCAGGUCGCCCGCGCCUCUGGGCCGGUCGCCGAUAGCGCCUGCGGGAGACUCGCCGGUCGUGCCCAGCAGGAGGCCAAAGGCUCUGUCUCCAGACGAACGGGACAGGUCUAGGUCCCCUGGACGGGCGGGCAAGUCAGUGGGGGAGGGGGCCAAGAAGCCGCCAGCAAAGAGAGCGGUUUCGGAGUCUUCAGAUAGUUACAGCGACUCGCUGAGCGGGUCGUCGUCAGAGGACGAGUCGCCGGUCCGCAAGCGAGCUGCGCCGGAGGGGGCGAGAGGGAGGGCUGCGCCUGACGACCUUUUGCAUGAGGGCCUUGAGGCGGCGCCUGGCGUGCCCAAGGGGCGGCCGGUGUCCGACUCCGAAGAGGAGGCGCGGGUCAAAAGGGUGCGCCGUGACGAGGAGGAAGAUCAGGCUGCGGUCGAGCGAGCAGUGGCGCCCGUUGUGGCGGCUGCAAAGCGGCGCGCCGACAGCCCUCCAGUCCGGGACGUGCCAGAGAGGGGGGUGAGCAAGAGACAGAAGCCCAACGAGUCGGACUUGGAAGACGAGGAGCGCUUCGAGAGAGCGAGGGGCAAAGGGGUUCCGGCCAAGAGGCCGCUCAGUGAGAGCGAGUCGGAUGACGAGCCUGCGAGGAAGAAGGGUAGGCCCGGGGCCGAAGCGAAGUCUGCAAAGGCAGCCGAAAAGGGAGACGACCUUUUGAAGAAGGUGACGAAGGAAGCUCCGAAGGCGCAGCGGGCUAGCAAGCGUCGUGCAAGUUCUGAGAGCGACUAUUCUAAUUCGGGGAGUGGUAGCUCGUUCUCGGGUAGUUCCUACUCGGACAGCGAGAGUGACAGCGAGAGCGAAAGGCGGCCAAAAAAAUCCGCUCGAAAGUAGACACGAAAGGGUCUCUACACGAUACGGGUUCAGUGGACAAAUCGAGUAAAGGUCAGCCUGUGUGCACGAGGUGCAGGUUCCAGCGUUAUAGCAUGGACUUGAAAAAGAUCCUCUGUGGGGUUCAAAUAGCGUUGUCUCAUGAAGGUGUCUUGGUGGUGACCUCUCUUUAAUUUGGCUCUCGGAAUUGCCUUGCGGCUGGGCACAGGGUCUGCAUUCUUGCUCAUUUUGCACUGCGACG